UGCUUUUUUAUUUUUCAAAAUAAAAGUAGAAUGAAACCAUUAUUUUAUUGACAAACAAGUUUUUUUUUUUCUUUCUCAAAUUUUAUUUCCUUAAUGUCUUUUCUAUUUUUUUUUUUUUAAAGAAACAACUUAAAACACACUACUAUAUACACGAUCUUCUUGUGUAGUCAAAGAUGAUGUGAAACAAUUUUUUUUUUUUAAAAAAAAAUUCUAAUUAUUGUGUUUAUUAUUUGAUUAAUUAAGUAUCCAAUUCUAAUCAAAUACUUUUUUUUUUUUUUACCUUUGUGGGAUGUUUAUUAUCUUCUCUUGAAAUAUCUCUUACUUUAAUUCUUAAUUUGCAUUUUGAAGAAGUAUUUGGACACUCAUUUAUAAUACUUGUCAUAUAACCGUACACUUUCCUAUAUCAUAUUCCUUUUUUGUUCUUCAAAGAUUUUGUUAUACCAUCAAAAAUUAUUUCUUAUUAUCUUCUUUGAAGAUAUUUUUUAAUUUACAUUUCUAAGCAAUGUUUCGACUCUAAUUUAUUAUACUUUAAUUUUUCGUACAACUAUAAUUUUCAUGUUCAUACUACAAUAUUCUUCCUUGAUAAACAACUAAUAUCCAACUUUUCUUAUCUUCAAACAUGAGUUAUGACAUUGUCCCCAUAAAAGGACAACUAAAGUCUAAUGGGUAAUAAUUUUCCCUCCUUUACUUAGCUUGUGAAAGAAAAAUCAUUUAUGGGAGGUAGGUAUCCAACAUAAAUAAAUCAGGAAGAUUAGAUUUGUGGGGUUGGAUGUAAUAUAUAAAGGGAACUGUUGGGUGCCCAAUCGCUUUCGGAAAGAAAAAACCAAAUCUUCUCGUCACUACAGAGAAGUUGUGAAGAAAGUAGCAGAUACAGUUUCGAUCUUUGUGAAGAGGUUGAGCAACUUGGUUUUACAAGAAGCUUUUCUGUUUGGACAAGUAGAAGGGGCAAUGAGGCUUUGUUUGGCUCAUGGAAUUGAGGAAUGGGAAUAGUUGCUAUUUUCUUACUCAAACAAUUCUCUUAUUUGUGAAGUUUUUUCACUUGGGAAUCAUUCCUGGUUAGAAAUUUUAACCCACAAAUUGUGGGUUUUGAAAAGUCAACAAAGCAGAAAAAGUGAAAGGUUGACAUUGAAAUAUCUACAGCAAGGAGCAUAAUCAAUAUUAAAAUCAGGCACACAGUGCUGCUCCCUUGGCCUGUUGAAAACACCAAAGAAGAGGAGGAAGAAGAAGCGCCUCAAAAAUGGCGGAGAGCAGUAUCUCGUUUUUCGUAGAGAAGCUGUAUGAAUCGGUUUCACAACAAGCCUCACUCUAUGGGGCAGUAGAAGGGCAGGUCAGGCUGCUCCGAAACGAGCUGGAGUGGAUCCGCCAGUUCCUAGAACGUGCGGAUGCAGAGCGUAGAUACGACAAAAUGUUCAAGCUGUGGGUGAAUCAGAUCAGGGAUGCAGCCUAUGAUGCCGAAGAUGCCACUGAUGAAUUCAUAUUCAAAGUGGAACGCAAACGACAGCAGAGAUUCAAUAAUCUCAACUUCCUCAACUUCUUACCCGCAUGCGUGGUCUUGCCUGACAAGUUACGGCUUGUGAAUGAGCUCAAUGGGCGUAUCAGUGAGAUCAAUAUCAGACUUGAGAAGAUUUUGAUUAAUAAAGGGAGGUACGGCAUGGAAGAUCCGAGAGCUGAUGAACCUGGGAGCUCUUCCGGUAAUGCAACUACUUCUGAACGGCACUCCAAUCAAAUGGUGGCCAGGAAAGAGAAGAGGCUUCCCACUGUUGAAGAAACCAACGUAGUGGGGAUGAAAAAUGAUGUGGAAGCUGUAAAGGGAAAGCUGUUAGAGGGAGCAAUGGAAAGAGUAAUGGUGGCCAUCUGGGGGAUGGGUGGCCUUGGCAAAACUACUCUUGCCAAGAAAGUUUACAACGACAGCGAUGUUCAGCACCACUUUAGUUGCCGUGCUUGGGUUUUUGUAUCUCAAGAGUACAAUAUCCGGGAGCUUUUGCUCGGGAUAGCCAAUUGUGUCACGACUCUCACGGAUGAACAAAAACGUAAAAAUGAAAAUGAGUUGGGAGAAGAGGUUAAAAAAUGUCUCCAGGGAAAAAGGUACUUGAUAGUACUUGAUGAUGUAUGGUUCACCGAUGUUUGGCAGAGCUUGAGCCAAUAUUUCCCUGAAGAAAAUAAGAGCAGAGUGUUGAUCACUACUCGCAAUCAAGGAAUUGCUCUUUAUGCUCAUUCAGAUUGCCAUGAACUUCAAACUUUGGGUGAAAAAGAAAGCUGGGAGCUGUUUCUCAACAAAGUAGGGAGUGAAGCAGUACUGACAUGGCCAGGGUUGGUGGAAUUCAAAAAGGAGAUUGUAGCAAAAUGCACAGGUUUACCUCUUGCAAUUGUGGUUCUUGGAGGACUUCUAUCACUGAAAGAUCCGACACCAGACUCAUGGCGGAAAGUGCUUACAAGCAUGGAUAGGCAUCUAAGUCAAGGUCCCGACUCCUGUUUGGGAAUUCUUGGACUGAGCUAUAACGACUUACCCUCUUACUUGAAGCCCUGCUUUCUUUACUGUGGGGUUUUUCCGGAGGACUCAGAAAUCAAAGCAAGUAAGUUGAUUCGCUUGUGGGUUGCUGAAGGAUUUGUACAAAUAAGGGGAAAAGAAACGCCGGAAGACAUUGCAGAAGACUACUUAUACGAUUUGAUCCAGAGAAGCAUGAUUCAGGUGGCUGAUACGAGAGACGAUGGAAGGGUGAAGUCUUGCCGUAUACACGACCUGCUUCGAGAUCUAGCCAUUUCAGAAGCUAAAGAAGAAAAACUUUUUGAGGUAGAUGAAAACAUUGAUGUGGACGUGCCUCCUACUAGUGUUCGUCGACUCUGUAUUUAUCAGAACAUCUUUCCGCAUUUGCAAAAUUCUAAUCUCCGAUCUUUGAUCCUCAAUAAAAUCAUUGAUGAAGAAGAUGAGGUAUGUUUACAUAAAUUCCCUAAAUUGCUUCGGGUCCUGCACCAGGAUAGAGGAAUGUAUGGUCUCAAACUAUCAGGAAAAAUAGGAGAACUCAUCCACCUUAAAUAUUUAUGCUUAAGAGGAAUUGAGACGGGAAUAACUCUUCCACCAUCAAUCGGUGGGCUUGUUAAUUUACAAACCCUUGAUUCAGGAGACGAUUACAUCCGCAUACCCCAUACAAUUUGGAAAUUGAAGCAAAUGAGACAUCUAAAUUGUUGGAGAGGUUGGAUCUCAUCAAGGCAGUCAAUGAGAGAGAGGUGGGUGGAAGGCCAUUUGGGUGUCCAUCAAAUGACCAAGCUUCAGACAUUAUAUUUAGAGGGUGGCGAUUGGUUGAAGGAUAACAACUUGGGAAAACUGGCCCACCACCUAAAGCAAUUGAAGCUACACCUUUAUUAUCACCCAAAGUCGAAGGAGGGGUCGUUCCGAUCUAUAGCCCAAUUAACUGGGCUGCAAAAGCUGAAGUUGGAAACUGAUAAUUUUAUAGAAAGCGAGGGAUUGUCAACAUCAAAUGCUGAAGCUGAAUCUACAACAAUUCUAUUCCCAGGUCUGGAGUCUUUCUCACACCACAAGUGCCUCUACAAAUUGCAUCUAGAGGGAACCAUCCGAAAACUACCCGUGGAAACAACACUCUAUCCUCCGAAUCUCACGCAACUCAAACUGUUUCUUACUAAAAUGGAGGAAGAUCCAAUGCCAAUACUAGGGAGGCUGCCAAACUUGAGGAUUCUCACAUUAUUUCGAGAUUCUUAUGUGGGUACGGAAAUGAAUUGUCCUCAUGGAGGGUUCCUUCGACUUGAAUUCCUACAAAUGCAGUUGUUGGAGGAUCUAGAAGACUUGUCAGUGGAGGAAGGAGCAAUGCCUAAUCUGAAGACAUUGAAAAUUGAGCAUUGUGACAAAAUGAGGAAGUUCCCACAUGGAUUAUUGCAGCUGAAAAAGCUCCAAAGACUAAACCUCUAUUAUCUAUCCAACGAAUUGAUGAGUGAGGUUUUAGAGACACAAGGAGAAGAUUGGAAUAGGAUCCGUCGUAUAAUCACCUCCGAGCGACCUACUUCGUUUUAUGUUGUAUAUUUCAAUACGCUAGAUUGAUUCACCAUGUGAAAAUGACCAAAUUACUCCUUUUAUUUUUAUUAUUUCACCUUUAAUAUUUGCGUUUUCU